UACUCCAGACAGAGCAACCCCAUUGCCGAACUUCCGUCGUUGUGUUUGCUUUGGGAUCUGUGGACUCAGCCUAAUACACUGCUCGGUACUGCAAUAUAUCUCGAACACAUCAUCAGGGACUAACAAACUCCGAUCCUACUAAAAAGUGAAGGCAGCAAUGGGUGCCCUCGGUAACGGGCGGCGAGUCGGGCGGUCCCCUUCACUACUGAUAGCAGCUCUAACCACAUGCAUCCUCGUCGUGGGAUUUAACUACUGGGUGUCAAACUCACGCAACACGGAGCUACAGGCACAAGUGUAUGAGUUGGAGGGGCGUGUGCGGAGAAACGAGGCAGAAAGAGACGAGGUGUCCCAGAAAUGGGACGUAGCGGAGGAGACGAUGAGACGCCAGAGUCAGCAGAUCAGAGAGCUGGAGGAGCAGCACCAGAGACAAGAGGCCACUCUUCACAUCAACGUGUCGUCUUGCUCCAAAAGUGCUCAGGCCAUGAAGAGCCAACUGAAGUCUUUAUUGGCUGAUUCGGGAGCACUUCAGAAAGAGCUGCAGACGUGUCAGAGCUCUGUGAACACACUCAACAACAAACUCACUUACGACACUACUCAGUGUAACACACAGAUUCUGGCCUUGAAGGAGGACUGUGAUGAGAGGAUGGCUGCCGCUGCGAAGGGUGUUCAGAAAAAACAGACAAAUCUGGCAGUGAGUGAGAAAGACACCCCUCUUGUCGCUGGCAGCCUUACGGGCAAUGAGGAGGCAACCAAUCAGACGCAGAAGCCUGAACGGCCCAGCCAAUCAACCGCAGUGACACAGCCAGACCAGGAUCCGGACCUCACUGAGCUGAAGACCAAUGAGAUUGUUCUAAAACAUGGUCCACCAUCCACUCCUGAGGCGCCCGCCGCUGCUGGUCUGAAGGAGAGCAGAGCCGCUCAGGAGCUGGGCGGGGCCAUGAGUGUGAUUGGCCAGAAGGAUGAGCAGCCCCCCAAGGCCACCGCCGAUCCAGAUGUGGCGCCGGCAGCAAAAAUCUCACUGACUGAAGAGGAUGCUCUGAUGCCUGGGGACGGUCCAGUGGAGUACACAGACCAAACGGAGGCGGACAACACAGAGAAAGAGGGCGGCCCGGACAACCUGGACGAUUAUGAAGAGAAUGAGCCGGAAUCUGAAGACGACAAACAGGCAGCUCUUGCCCUGGAUUGAGCCCACACACACACGUGCACACACACACACACACACACACGGGACAUGAGCUUCCAUGUAUUUUACUGAGGCGUUGUGCAGCCUCUCGUUCUGAAACUGGGCCCACGGCUUCACUCCUGGCAAACUGAGCUCAUGAUUGUUUGGUUAUUUUUUGACUUCAUGUGACUGUUUCCUUUAGUUUGGUUAUAAAGGGCUCUGUCAUUACUGAACUAGAGCUUAAGUUAAGUU